UUUUUCGCCUGGAAAACAAACAAAUAAACAGAAAAAAUUGUUUUUUUUUUUUUUUUCCCUCUCCUCCGGGGCCGGGAGGCGGCGGGGAAGCGCCCGGGUGGUGGCAGAGCCAGGACCCCCGGCCCCGGCGUGGAUCUCGCUGGUCACAAAGGAGAGGAGAGAAGGAACCACCCUGCGAUGUUUUAUUGAAGAGCCCAUCUCUCCCGGCUGCCUCUCGCGGUGUCGGGUGGCUGUGGUGAAGAAGAGCUUGUCUGCUGGCCUCCUGCAUCUCCUGGAACGGAGGGAGCAUCCCUGUGGCAUCUCCUAGACCCUUGGCGCUGGGAAUAUCAUCCGCCGGGAAUGAGGGCACCGGCUGGCGGAGGGGGCGGCACUGCCCGCCAGGAAGCCCAGACCAUGCUGGCCUGCCUGCAGAGGACCCAGAACCCCCCAGCCCAGCACCUCGCCUGCCCCAACAAGGCAUUGGAACCACGCAAGUGUGAGACGGCGGCACCCAUGCAUUCCCCGCGCUACCCCAGCCCCGCCGAGCUGGAUGCCUACGCACAGAAGGUGGCCAACAGCCCGCUGACCAUCAAGAUCUUCCCCACCAACAUCAGGGUUCCCCAGCACAAGCACCUUAACCGGACGGUCAAUGGCUAUGACACCACGGGGCAGCGCUACAGCCCUUACCCGCUGCACGCCGGUGGCUACCAGGGUCUCCUGGCCAUCGUCAAAGCCUCCGGCAAAAGCGUGGUGAAGAACUCGGAGGGGAAGCGGACUAAGCUCUCGCCUGCCCAGGUCGGCGUUGCUCCCUACCCCGCGUCAAGCACUUUAGCUCAAGGUCCCUCCUGCGCCGGGCAGCUGAGCUACCACAGCGGCCAGAAACAGCUGGAGGGUCCCGUGCCCCCCAACGUGACGGUGGCGGCGUCUGUGCUGCCGCUGGCGGGCAGGAGCCUGGCCCUGCCGCCGUCCAACCUGCCCUCCAUCCAGAGCAUCAUCUACCAGAUCAAUCAGCAGUGCCAGGCGCAGGGUGCCCAGCCGGGCUGCCCGGCCGUCGUGGCCACCAACCCCAGCCCGGCCAAGCACGGCGCCUUCACCGGCGCUGCCGCAUAUGCCGGUGCUGUCUUACCGGAGUGCCGCAAGGGUGCUGAGCUGGCGCUGGGCUCCAACCCAGCCGUGGCUCUGGCACCCAAGGCAGGCAUCUACCCCGAGGGCAUGGACUACCUGGUCUGGCAGCAGAAGCAGCAGCAGCAGCACCUGCGAAUGUACAGCGGGGGCAGUGGCGGCGGGGGGGCCCUCAGCAAAUCCCCCGAGACGUGCGCGGGUGCCUCGCGCCCCUACGCCUUGGGUGGCGCGGCCGAGAAGGUGAGCUCGUCUCCUUUGAACUGCAUGCAUGGCAACUUCUCGGUGGGGCAAUACUUCGCCCCACCUUGGAAUAGCAUCUUGGUGACCCCCAACAGCGACUGUUACAACCCGCCGGAGCUGGGGGCCGGACCCCGGGAGCUGGGGGUGCCCCCGGCCGAGGGGCUGCCCAGCAAGUCGCUCUGCAAUACCUCCAUCCUCAGCAGCAGCCUCCAGUCCCUGGAGUAUCUCAUCAACGACAUCCACCCGCCCUGCAUCAAGGAGCAGAUGUUGGGCAAGGGCUACGAGACCGUGUCUGUGCCAAGGCUCUUGGACCACCAGCACGCCCACAUCCGCCUGCCCGUCUACAGAUAAGGAACCGAUGCUGCUUUUCCCAAACCCAGGGCGAGGACUUCGGCACGAGCCGGGCUCCCCUCUGGCACCACGCGGGUACCGGACCAUGGCAGUGAGGGCAGGGGGACAGGGAGUGGGGGACGGGGUCGGCUGCCGAAAGGGCUCCUGGGACACUGGGAUUUCACUGGGGUCCCCAGACUGGUGACACCCGCAACCUGCUGGAAACCGAUGCCGAAGGACCGCUUGUCUAUAGAGCUCAGAAAUCAUUUUAUCUCCACGAAUGUGAACAGGGAAUCGCUACGAGUUGCUGCUAUCCAGGGAGAGGAGGCUCCGCUCCGCACCCCCGCGGGUGCCCAGGCGGAUCCAUGCGGGGCAGGGCACGAUGCCGUGGCCGGGAGGGUCACCCACGGCGCUCCCAGCCCGGCGGCCGCAGGGAGCUGGCGCCUGACCUGUAGCUGAAAUCCGUAACUUGCACUGCUUUGAUUAAAGCUAAUAACUGGGGAGGCUAUUUAAGAAAAACACUGGAAAACUUGAACAGAUUUCUUUUUUUUUAAGUUUUUAUUGGGUUUUUUUUUUUUUAGUUGACUAGGCUGUACAUCUCUGUGUUGGCUGCUACAGAGUCUCCUCCUGCCCUUCCUCCUCUUCCUCCUCCUCCUCCUCUCUCCCAGCCCUGCGUUGCCAACCGGCUCCUAUUCCCACUCCCCCGGGAGGUUCGCUGCCCUGUGCCGGGCACCCAGAGGGACCCCCAACCCCUCUCCCGUGCCACGACACCCCCAGGAACCUUCCCAGAUCUCACACUUCCAGGCUGUUUUGGUUUUGGUUUUUUUUUCCCCUCCUUACUGUCAGUUCUCCUUUGGUUCUGGGUUCGAGGCGACCGCGGCCCCAGGGGCGCUCGCAUACCUCUUGAUUCCUCCUUUCUUUUAUGAAAAAAACAGUUCCAAAAUGCUCAUUACGGUCCGUUAUUCACUUUGUGUAAUUAUGUGUUUAAGAGAUUUAUUCAUUUAAAGGCUCACACCGCAAAACACAAAGCGUUUUGAUGUUUAAAGGAAAAAAAAAGAAGGCAAAUACCCCGACGAAACCCAAGGUGAUUGUGCUCGGAAAAGAGGUACUGUAUCCCUGCAAGGCCUGUUCAAGCACUAAGUGCAUUUACAAAUCUCUGAGAAUGUUUUUUUUAUACUAAAAUUGACCAUUAUAUUCUACUGUGAGCAGUGCUGGCUGCACUGGAUUGUUUUAAAAAUGAGAGAAAAAAAACAAAAAAAAACCAACACAAAACCCGCAAGCCGUGUGUCCGGAUGGUGUUUUUCCCAAAGUAAAACCAGGAUAUCGCUGGAUGUGUGCUCUGGAGUCUCUUUGCUUUGCUGUGGCCCCCCCCCUCAAAGCCAGGACUUGCUUGCUCUACACCUUCCUCCCGCAGGUUUUUAGGGCAUGGAGGAGCACCUAUAAAUAAUAUAAACCUGCUAACGAUGCUGAGCCAUUAAUCCGGCCCCGGUGCCAGCCUCCACCUCACACCCCAGGCCAACAGGCGCGUGUGGGCCAAAUCCUCAGGGAUUAGGGCUGCGGCCCCACGUGCACCCAUGGGAUGCUCGCUGGGUGAUGGGGACCGUGUCCCCACCCCUGGACUAGCGGCCACCUCCAGUGCAGUAGAGUCAUAGAAUCGUUUGGUUGGAAAAGACCUUUGAGAUCGUUGAGUCCAACCGUCCCUGUCCACCGCUAAACCAUCCCUGAGCACCUCAUCUGCCUGGCUUUAAACCCCUCCAGGGAUGGGGACUCCACCACCUCCCUGGACAGUUGUUCCAGCGUCUCAGAAGCCUUUUGGUGAAGAGAUUCUUUCUGAUGUCUAAUCUGAACCUGCCCUGGUGCGACUUGAGGCCAUUCCCUCUCAUCCCAUCACUUAGGCGAAGAGACCGACAUCCGCCUCUCUACAACCUCCUUCCAAAUAGCUGUAGUAGAGUCAUCUCCACCGCCAUCCAUCACCUGCAGGGAGUUUGCCACCGAGUUCUCCCCGUGGCAGGAGGAUCCCUGGUGCCGGGGCAGGAUGGGGCCUCUCCUUUGGCCCCGGCUCUGCCUGGGGGGCUGCUCUCCCCUCACCCUGCUCACGGCCUGCUCUGCCCCGGCGGCAGCUUCCCAGCCCGAACAAUGAGCCGGUUGCAUUAGGAUAAUAGUAUUAAAUCCCAAAUAGCUCUGGGCGGACGGCGCGUCUCCGCGGCCCCUGCGUCCCGCGGCGGUGACAUAUGGCAUGCCGUUAUCCCGGCCGGGGAGGGGGCUGAUGGCGGCGGGGCAGGGGUUUCUUUAUUUU